CGUGGGCUCUCCUUUGAUUUCCCCCGCCUCCUCCCGCAUGCGCAGAUGCGCUGGACAAAUCUCGCGAGAAUACAGAGCGACCCCGUGACGAAGCCACGGGCGGGGAUUGUCGUCGCCUUGCUGCCGGGAUCUCCUUGCCAGAUAACACGCCCUACGGUGGCCGCAGGGGCGGAGGGGACUAUUAUGGGCCCUCAUGGAAUCAAUCGAGCUAUACAUCGCGUUGCAUUUUCGGGCUGCCAAAAUGGAUUAGGCAUUAAAAUUAUCGGAGGCUAUCGAGAGCAAUCUGAAGAAGACUGUGGGAUUUUCAUAAAGAGGAUAUUGCCCGGGGGGAUAGCUGCAGUAGAUAGUCGAUUGCUUAUUGGAGACAUGCUUUUAGAAGUCAAUGGUGAAAAUCUGGUUGGGGUAACUAAUGAAAGAGCUGUUGACAUCUUGAGAACAGCAUCAGCAACCAGUCAUAUGUCUUUACUUGUUGCCAGAGAUGAUGAAGCAAGGAACCAGUUCCUAGACCUAAUGGAGAGGUACAGCUCACAAAGCAACACAAGCUCUGAAAGGAGUUCUCCAACACAACUGCUGGCAGGUAAAUCUACUGACAACCUCUCCUCAGCGUCAUCCUCAAGGUCAACAAGUCCUCAGCUGUUGCAUCCAAGGGACUGUACUACAAACCACCAUGGAAAGACCACUGUAGCGACUGCCUUUCAAGCCACCACAAAUGACAGUGCAUUUCAGAUUAUCACCGUUUCCAAGGGAACAGGCCUCGGCUUGAACAUUGUAGGAGGCAUUAACAGGAAUGAAGGGCCCUUGGUGUAUAUUCUGGAAGUUAUUCCUGGAGGUGAUUGUCACAAGGAUGGCCGGCUGAGAUCUGGGGACCAGCUUGUAUCUAUUAACAAGGAAUCAUUGAUUGGAGUCACUCACGAAGAGGCGAGAAAUCUAAUCAAUAGGACCAAGCUAAGAUCAAAUUCCUCUUGGGAGAUAGCUUUCAUUCGACAUGAAACUUCUCCCAGCCAAGUGGAAACUACGCAGCCCUCCUCCGGUCAUUUAGUGUCAAGCACAUGCAGACAGCAGCACACUCCGUUGGCACUCAGUUUGCCUGUAUCUCCUAAUGAGAACCUUACUUCGAAGAUGUCUGUUUUGAAUGUGAUGAAAACUGGAUUCAAGAAGAGAGAAGAACAAUCUUCAGCAUUUUCUUCAAACAGUUCCAUUGACAUGUCCGCUGGGGCUGUUGGCCCCACCUGGAGUGAUGAUUACGGACUACAGAGGAGGAAAAUUUCUCUAAACCCUGCAGUUCGUCUCAAAGUAGAUAAACUAGAGACUGCUCUGAAUUAUCUUGGGAUUCAACCCACAAGAGAACAGGAAGAUGUCCUAAGGGAGCAGCUACCAAAAGAUUCUUCAGGAACAGUGUCUUUUGGAGAUUUUGUUCAGGUGGCCAAAAAUCUAUUUAGUUUGCAUCUGGAUGGGACAGGUGGGACUGCAGGACCCACUAGAACUGGUUUCCAUGACAUUGGCAGAUUAUUAGAAUCACAGUUUAUAUCCUGUGAUCGUUCAGAAAAAGAUGAGCUGGAAGAACUUAGGAAAGAGAAAAAUGAAGCUUUAAAAGAAAUAUGUAAACUAAAGGAAGAACUGGCAGAGUCAGAGCACCUGAGAAAACAUCUAGCUGAAGAGUUACAGAGUACCAAGCAAGAAGUCAAGGCAUCAGUGGAGGAGACGAGAGCCUUGCGAAGCAGAAUCCAUCUUGCAGAAGCUGCACAAAAGCAAGCUUGUGGUAUGGAAAUGGACUAUGAAGAAGUAAUCCGCCUGUUGGAGGUAGAAAUCUCUAAACUAAAGGCUCAGCUUGUCGACCACGGUGGCCAAAAUAAAGACAGUGUCCAAGAUUUAAGGAAGAGGAUUACUGUGCUUGACUGCCAGCUGAGAAAAUCCGAAACAGCCAAGAAAGCUUUUGAGGUGGCAACUGAAAAGUUACUGCAGUUUGUUGAGAUUGUACCUGAAGUGCUGUCAGAAAGCUCCACCUCCACAACCAACCUGAGUGACAGAAAAGCCACAUUCUCUUCAAAAACCCUACUUGCACAUCUGGGAAGGAAUGGCCGCAGUAUCCAAGCAUCUCUUGCAACUGAAGCCAAAGAACUUGCUAGAUCCGUCCGUGCCAUUCUGGAAGCAGAUUGUCUGCCUUAUGGAUGGGAAGAAGCCUAUACAGCAGAUGGGAUCAAAUACUUCAUCAACCACGUGACACAGACAACAUCCUGGGUCCACCCUGUCACCAGUGUUCUUGCCUUGCCCUGCUCGGAAGAAACAGAGGAUGAUGGCUUCAGAGAGCUUCCGGAUCCUAAAAGCUGAGAAUAGCCACUGGUGCGCUUUUGUUUCCAGACAGUUAUCAAAAGAUGAUCCACUCCCAGUAGCCUAGUAUUAAUGAUUUAGAUCUGUUUGAAGCAGUGGGAAACUGUGCUGUUGGUUGUACGGGACAGGGCUGAUGGACUAAAUAACCACCCUUCAUCUGUAUCCAUAUCUGGGUAAACCUCUCUGCAUGGACCAAACGUUGAUGUUAACAUGUGUUAAGCCACUAGUACUGCAAAUUCAUCUGCUCUUUUAUUUUUAAAAGAACUGUCCAAACUUGAUUUUCCUCCUGAAACUUAUUGGACAUUUGCAGAAAUCAAAAACAGUACCUUUUUCAUCCACCACUCCUAGAAUUGCCCAGUGAGUAGGGGCAUGGGCAUACUGGCUGCAAGGUUUCUGGGAGUUGUAGUCCAACUAAUGACUUUUCCAAGCUCUGGUCAUACAUAUUUCUGUGACUUAUAUCUAUAAAAACCAGUGCCCAAAAUCUUGUUCAUGCAUUUGAGCAGCCUUCCCCAGCCAGGAUCACUCUGGGCAUUUUAGAGUACAGUUUCUGUACAGUUCAGGAAAAACGUAACUGUUGGAGCAGCACAACAAUGGAACCAAUUACCUUGGGAGGUGGUGAGGACUCCAAAGCUGGACGCAUUUAAUAGAAAAUUGGGUAACCAUCUGUCAGAUCUGUUUUGAUUUAGAUUCCUGCAUUGAGCAGGGGGUUAGACUCAAUGGCCUUAUGGGCCCCUUCCAGCUCUAUGAUUCGAGGUAAUGAUUGGUCAUGCAGUCUGCAGCUGACGAGAGUAAAAAAUGAAGAUGUCUGAAGGAAUAUGUUUGGUGAAGGCUGACCACAGGGCCUUGAAACAAAAACCCAGAAUGGCGCCAUGGCGAUAGGAAUGAUUCUCGGUAGUUGUGCCAUUCAUUUGUAUGGGGGCUCAUAUAGACGUAGUGCCUGUCUCAUAUGCACCCCUCUAUAUGAUUCCCCCAUACAAACGAAUGGCUUCCAUGUUGACAAAGGUACACCACUGCAACUGGGACAACAUUUUAGCAUGAGCCAAACCUGUCCUCCAGUGACAGAAAUUCCAAAGGAUAGCAGAAUCAUUGCACAGAUUUCCUUGCGCAUUUCAUUCCUCCAUGCCCACCCUAUCUAGCAUCUUGACAAGCUGCUUGGCAGAAGAUGGGGCAGAAUAUUUCUGAGUAAGACGGAGUAGCCUUGAAGUCAAGACGUAUUCUUGGGAGCAAGACAGACCUAAAUGUAGGUCUGGAACAUUUAAAAAAAAUACUUUGCUGACCAUGGUUUUCCCCCCUUCAGAGACCCUAAAUCUGUGAUAGGCAUCUUUCAUAGAGAAUUCUCAGCCCUCUUGGAUAAAAGCAGUUUUCACAGUCCAUGGAGAAAACAUGAUAACUAAACAGACUUAAAAUCUGUAGCAUAUAUGUAAUCCAGUUGAGCCUGCCGUUCUCCUUGGUAAGUCAGACACCAUCUCCAUCAUGUACUUAUGAUAUUAAAUUAAUGGUUGAUCUUCUGAGUAGCAGUACAGUUAUUACAUGUUCCAAGUCCCAAAAUCUUCAGUUUCAUAGUCUUUCUAGUUCAUGCAUGAACUGAGUAAUUAGAUCAACUCUUUUAUCUUACUAAUGGGCAUAGUUACAAUCAUUACGCAAGCAUACACACACACAUCAGAUAGCAGUGGAGCAACCUGGAGAUGUUCCUCUUUCUUCACUUACUAAUUAAUGGAUUCUCAGAAGUAGGUCGCUCUGUCCAUCGUGCUGCUGCUUUAUCCCAGAAUCACUUUCCUGGUCAGAUAAGCUGCUAUCAGUUCUUUUUUUUUUUUAAUUGCCAUGCUGUGAUGCUUGGUAGGUACGUGUUAAAGCAGAUUAUGCUGCCCAUUUAAAAACAACAAGAUGUCCCAACACUGCUUUGUUUCCCUUUCUGCUUUAAGACAUAAAAUAAUUUUCAUUCCACAGAGAUUUGUAAAUAGAGAAUGUAGACUCAGGUUAUAAUGCCUCAAUAAUUUGUAACUAGUAUUUUAAAAGAAACCAUGUUCUUUUA